AAAAAUUUAUAAAAAACCAUGUUUAAGUCUAAACUAUUUUCUUUCACCACCAAAAUAAUUAAACCUAGAUUUUAUUCCUCGGCUUUGUACGUAACAGGAGACAAAGCUACGGCCACAUGCGCCCUACUAACACCUUAUAUAGACUUAAAAAAUUUUGAAAAUAAUUUUGAUAACUUUACCAACAAUGCAAAACACAGACAUCUUGAUGUAGAUUUCGGGGAGUUACAAAAAUUAUGGUUUUUGUACCAAGAUUUGGACAAAACACGCCGAAAAUUGGACGCGUGCAGAACCAGCAUCGCCGAUAAAGUUAAAACACUCGACAAAUCCGGUGACGAAUUUACUAAAUUAAUCAACCAGGGUAAAAUUGUAAGGGAUGAUUUGAAAAUGCUUAAGGAUUGUUUUCAACCCGUGCAGGAGAAUUUAGUAACACAAUUGUUAAGGUUACCGAAUGUUUUACAUGAAUUGACGCCUUUGGAAGAUGCGCGUGUGGAUUUUACAUUUUUGGACAAGCCCGGACACAAAUCGGAACACCAUACCGCCGUAGGCGGUAAAUUAGGGCUUCUAAAUUUUAUGAACCAGUAUUCGUACUAUUUGCUGAACGAUGCAGCACUUUUGGAAAUCGAUUUUAUUACCCACGUCAAUAGAUAUUUAGAUCAACACGAUUUCAUACCCUUCACCCUACCGGAUUUUGCACGUAGUGCAAUUUUGGAAGGUUGCGGUGUAGAUUACACAAACCUAAACCAAUUUUUCACAAUCCAAGACCCUGAUGGUUCCGACCAAGAUAUUAGCAAGUUGCACUUGGUCGGUACGGCAUCCUUGUACAGUUUUAUGGCAUAUCACACCAAAUUAAUGUUGUACCCUUCAGCGUUUCCCUUAAACUACUACAGUUCCGGACGCCAAUACAAACCCUCAACAAACAUCGACAAAGGUUUGCUGGAACCUUCGCAAAGUACUUGCUUCCAAAUAUUCACCGCGACUUUACAAUCCCAAGAACAAAUGGAACAAGAGUUUUUGAAGCUCCAAAAUUUAUGUACCAAUUUAUAUAAAUCGUUUACCAAUUACCAUUUUAGAGUCGUUUACCAGCCGGCGUGGAUGUUGGAUAAAAGUGAAUCUUGUAGAUUGAGUUUCCAAAUGUUUUCCUCGCAUUUUCAAGAGUAUGUGGAAGUUGGUCAUCUUUCAAUGUAUGAUGAUUAUAUUAGUAAGCGUUUGUUGUUUACAUAUAAGGAAGGGAAGGUUAAUGUUUUUCCUAAAGUUAUUUCGGGGACUGUUGUUAAUUUUGCGAAAGUUUUUGCGUGUGUUUUGGAGAAUUAUCCGGAUAGACUAGUUGUUCCGGAUGUCAUAAAUAUUUAG